GGAGUUUAAGAGGAACGCAGUUAACACGAAGUGAACAUAAACAUGGCAGGCGGAAUGGAGCUCGCACCCUUCAGACAGUUGGACGAUUUUGUCCCCGGACUCGAUAGAUUUGCUAAACCGGACAUGACGGAUUUAACUAAAUGGAACAACAGAGUAAUAAGCAACCUGCUUUAUUACCAGACCAAUUACUUUGUUGUUGUUCUUGUGGUUUUCCUAAUUGUCGGGUUUCUGAACCCUCUCGGCAUGAUCCUGGGUGGUGUCGUGGUGUCGUUGGUGUUCAUGGGCUCGGUGUGGGCUGGAGAGAACAAGGCCAUGAUCAAGAACUUUAAGAAGAAGAACCCUUCGCUGUUCGUCAUCAUCGUUCUGGGGGCCAGUUACUUCCUGCUGUCUCUGUGUGGAGGUGUGAUGGUGUUCAUCUUCGGCAUCACUUUCCCACUGCUCUUGAUCCUGAUCCACGCCUCGCUCCGUCUGCGCAGCAUGAAGAACAAGCUGGAGAAUAAGAUGGAAGGUGCAGGACUGAAGAAGACUCCCAUGGGUGUGAUCCUGGACCUGCUGGAUCAGCAGGAGGAGAAAAUCAACAAGAUCCAGGAUUUCAUCGAGAGCAAACUGAAGGACUGAGCGACCGGACGAAGGAUCCGAUCCCCGCCGAGUUCCCGAUCGGUUCCUUACAGAACGCCGUCGCUCCCGAAUCCUUCCUUCGCUCUCCGCCGUGUUUAACGUGCUAAAAAUCAUCUGAAGAUCCUGAAGAGCUGCAGCACUCCACCCUUUCCCCUCCUUAACCGUACGUCCAGACGUCUCACGUUUCCGCUUGUUUCUGCUCGGGAAUCACCGGCGACUCCCAAACGAGACGAUCGUAGUGAUUAAUAUCGUUUUAUUUCCUCUGAAUCUGCUAAAAAAAGAAUCUCUACAACAAACUGUUUCUGCUUUUGCUCUGAAACCGCUUCUUUCCUGCAGUGUUAAAAGCCGGCGCUCAAUUUACAGCACAAACAAAAACCUGUUAUAAUAAACUUUUUACUCGUGUAAACGUCAGAACAAACCGAACAAAUCAAAAACAAGCUUCGGUGUUUAAAAAAAACAUUCAUGUACGAUAUUUAGAAACUAUUUAAAUAUUUUAUUCCAUAUAUUUAAACACUUCGCCACAAGACUUUUAUUUAAAAAAAAUCCAAUUCACAAAUUCCAAACUAACUGUGGAACAUUUUACAUCCCAAAACGUGGAAAAAAAGUCACUUUUUUCCCAUAAAAUACAAAAUUCCAAAAUAUUAAAAAAAAGAAAGAAAAAAGGGUCACGAUUUUCCACCAAAAGUUUACACAAGUAUUUACUUUUUCCUUACAAAAUGUUUAAAAAAAAAAAACACUUUUUCCCCAAACAAACAAACAAACACGAAAAAACCUAAACAAACAAACUAAAUAACUUUUCUUGCAUGUGGCGACACCUGCUGUUUUUGUCUGAUCUCAGCAUCUGACCAGCACGUCCAUUUUCAUUAAUAAAUAAAUAAUUGGAUCUUUUAAAUUUUUUUAUUGUGAGCAGUUUAAUCUUCGAUGGCGAAACUCCGCCCCCGAUGCGUCUCGUCGCUUCUUCACCGUCGAGUCGUUUGGAUCGGACCGGAUUUCAACCGCGAGCCUUUCAGCCUGGAGUCGAACUCGUCUCCGAUCGGUCCGACUGAUGUCUGAUCGAUCCGAUUUAGUAUGCAAAUGAGUCGUUUACGCACAAUCGCUAGUUUUCCGCUCGUAUAAGUUAAAAAAAAACAAAAACGUAGUGACGUUCGAUAUCACAAAACACCUUAAACUUCUUAAAGACGUGUGUGUGUGUGUGUGUGGCUCACGUGUGUGUCAUGGUGUAUUGUGAGGAACUUUUACUUGUCACGUGUCGUCGUGUCUCAGAUCUGGGAAUCGGGUUCACACCUGCAUGUUUAUGUGGAUUAUUCCAGACCGGAUUCUCUUGGUGUGUGUUCACAACCUCACGUCUGAUCGAUUAGAAAGUCAUUCAGAAGCUCUUUAGAAAUAAUGUCAUUUUAUUCAGUGCUGCUUUUACGUGACGAUCAUGAAUUAGCACGGCAGGCUAACUGACUUAUGCUAGCGCACUUUCCUGUCAUGAAAAUAAUGACACAAAAAAGAAACAAAGCACUUUUUAAAUUAAAAGAUUAAAAUAUUUAUAUAUUUUUUUUUUUGGUCGUUCUAUAAGACUUGAAUUUGCUCGUCAUGACGAAUGUUUAAUUGUUUUCCUGAUUCGUUUUGAACCUUUCACACUGCAUGUGAUACAUUAUGGAGAAAAAAUGUUACCGGAUUUUUUUAUUUUUUUUUAGCUCUUUUAAUUGUUUAGCUUUUUAUUGGGUGGACAUUUUAUCCACAGCGAAGCCAAACGCAAUCGAAUCAUCGACGUCAGAAUUUUAAACACGGCUAAUUCUCUAAACGUUUUAUUGCUACCUCAGAUAACGAUCGGCGAUUCUGCAACAAAUCGAACGGACUCGAGUCGGAUCCCGUGUUUACGAUCGAUUCCGGAAUUCUGCUGCAAUUAAAUAUUCACUUGUGAGCUCAUUUCCUCUAAACCCUCCACGUUAUCAGAAUCGUAAUGACCGACGUCACGCGUGUUGAAUCCGUGAGGGAAAAAAAAGAAGUCGCUCCAUUUUGUAGCUAUGCAACGAACGUAUGACGACAGCCUCGUAAAUUCAUCUAUAUAAAGACUUUCCAUGAAUGUCCCUUUAUUUCUCUGACGUUUGGUUUGGUUUUGUUUUUUUAAACAUUACAUGACAUGUUCUAUUAAUGUUCCUUAAAACUCACUGCUUUUAUAAUCAUAUUUAUUGUUCCUAAAAAUGCUUUAAGGCUUCUUUAUAAGCUCCAUCUGUCUUUAUUUUGUUUUUGUCAGAUGGUAACUGAUGCAGAUGCAGAGUGAAUAAAAGUUUCUGACGGACUAAAA